AUGGAGGAUUUGUUGGGCAGUGUUCGCGCCGAGAUCUCGCGCAAGCGCGAGGACUUGCAAAAGGCCAACCUCAUCACCGAGGACUUGAUUGAUACCCGUCGUCGUCUGCAAGAGUUGGAGUUGGAAGAAGGCGAAAAGAACCCGGAGCGACAGCGCAACGAACUGAAGGAAGCGCUCGAGAACGUCGACGCCAUGAUCAUGAACGAAAUGCUGCAGCACGGCGAGGGCACGACCACCAAGUACGAGGUCAAGUACACUUGGCGCGACAUGCAACAGCUUGGCCUACAGCUGGGCAAGGAUGAUAGCAAGGACGCCGUCCUAUGUCGACGAUUUCUGCGCCACAUGUUGACGCAGUGGGGUUCCGACCUGGAGCACCGUGAUGAUGAACUAAAGCAGUCAUCCGAGGGCCGUCUGGCUACGGCCACCUUCACCCAAACCGAAGGCUACCUCAAGCCUUUGUUCAAGAUGUUGAAGACCAAGCAAGUCUCCUUUGAUGUCCUCUUUGCCUUGCGUGAGAUUGUCGAGGCCAUGUUGCAUCGCGACUACAUCUCGGCCAACGAUGCCUAUUUGCGUCUGGCCAUCGGCAACGCGGCCUGGCCCAUUGGUGUGACCAAUGUCGGUAUCCAUUCGCGUACAGGUCGUGAGCGCAUUUUCUCGCAGAAAAUCGCCCACGUCCUCAACGACGAGACGCAGCGCAAGUACAUCCAUGGUAUCAAGCGACUCAUGACUUUUGCCCAGAAGCGGUAUCCGAACGUUCCCUCCAAGUGCCUCGAAUUUAACGGCAUCCAGCAAGGGCUUUAUCCCAUUUCCCUGGAGGGCAACGAGAAGGUGAUGAAGCGUCUGGCUGCCGAGGAGGAAGCCGUUCGCCAGGCUGCCCGAGGUGUGGCCUCGGUGGAGGCUGCGCACAAGGACGAGGACGAGGAGGACAACAAGGCAGCCACCAGCAAGCCGAAAGCAUAA